UAUGAAAGACAAGGGAUUGCCGUAAUGCCACCGACAGUACCUGGGAGCCUUCAAGGCCCAUUUCUGGGUGUUCCUCGAGGUACAGUGAGAAGACAAAAAUCAAUAGGUAUAACGGAGGAAGAACGACAAUUUUUGGCUCCCCCAAUGCUUAAAUUUACUAGAAGUCUAUCUAUGCCAGACACCUCUGAAGAUAUCCCUCCACCACCACAGUCUUUACCUCCAACACCACCACCUCCUUCUCCCUCACUUUACAACUCCCCCAAAUCUCCAAUGUCUAGAAUCUAUGGAACAAUAAAGCCUGCAUUUAAUCAGAAUUCAGUUUCAAAGAUAGCUCUUUUGGGUAGAUCUGAAAAUAUGGGAACGGUGAUCAGGGACAAAGGGAUAUAUUACCGAAGAGAGCUGGACCGUUAUUCUCUAGAUUCUGAGGACUUAUAUAGCAGAAAUGCAGCAACUCAGGCAAGCUUCAGAAACAAGAGAGGUCAAAUGCCAGAAAACCCAUACUCUGAAGUUGGAAAAAUAGCAAGCAAAGCAGUAUAUGUCCCAGCCAAACCAGCAAGACGGAAGGGAAUGCUAGUAAAACAAUCUAAUGUUGAGGAUAGUCCAGAAAAAACUUGUUCUAUUCCAAUUCCAACCAUCAUUGUUAAAGAGCCAUCUACUAGUAGUAGUGGGAAAAGUAGCCAAGGAAGCAGCAUGGAAAUUGACUCACAGCCUUCAGAACAACCAGGACAGCUCAGACCUGAAGAUAAUCUUUCUGGCAGUAGUCCAUUUGCAGCAGCUAUUGCUGGGGCAGUAAGGGACAGGGAGAAAAGGUUAGAAGCAAGGCGUAACUCUCCAGCUUUCCUUUCCACUGAUCUUGGAGAUGAAGAUGUUGGGUUAACACCUCCAACACCACGCAUGAGACAAUCUAAGUUUACAGAAGAGGGAAUGUUUGAUAACGAAGACAACUUUAGCCAACUUGUAUCACCAUCUCCCAUCCCAGCACCAAGAGAGCCCGAAAAUAAUUUUAAUAGUAAAGAAUUGAAUAAUCAAAGUGAAACAAGGACACCAAGCUCUUCAGCCCCAACAGCAGUGGGUUCAGAAAACAAUGCAUUGGCCAUUCAGAAUACUGGUGUGGCCAGUUUGGAUAGCUAUGUUCAUCCACUCACAGGAAAAUUACUGGAUCCAAAUUCCCCUUUAGCCCUUGCCCUUUCUGCCAGAGACAGAGCAAUGAAAGAGCAAACCCAACAAACUCCAGGGAAAGGGGAAUCUGGUAAAAGCGAAUUAAACAAACCCCGCGCGGAAGAUACGCGAGAUGCGGUCGAGCAUUUCACAUUUCCUGUUACAGCUACAAGUGCUAAGCAAAAUGGACGUGGUCCACUACGGAGACAGGGAACAGGAAGCAAAUAUGAGACAGGUCUGGGUAAGGAGAGGAGACCUGAAGAAAAGAAGAAUAUGCUUCGACAAAUCUUCGUCAGAUCCUCCUCAUCAGAAGUCUCUAUCUUGCUCAUGGUUCAUACAGUAGACACAGCACAAGCUAAUGAUACCCCUGAAAAUGAAGAGGAAAGAGCUGAAACAGAUGUAAAUGUUGAACAACCUCUGGAAGAUGCACAGCAAAAUACAGAUCCAGCAGAAAGUGGACUAGAUGAUGCUGGCAUGCCAGAACCACCUGCCUCUCCCUGCAAAACUAUUGUAGCUGUUGGCUCUGUAGAUGAUCCUAUCGUUUUGCCAUUUCGUAUCCCCCCACCUCCUUUAGCUUCUGUUGAUCUUGAUGAAGAUUUCAUCUUUACUGAGCCAUUACCACCUCCUUUGGAAUUUGCAAACAGUUUUGAUAUCCCUGAUGACCGUUCAGUUCCAGGUUCUGUACUAACAGACUUGCUCAAACAGAGAAAAAAUGGAACUGCAUCUGCUUCACUUCACCCACUUCAAUCCACAAAUUCACUAGACAGUAAGAAACCACUGGGUCUUUCAAACUGUUUGCCUGCCUCAUUUUUACCACCCCCUGAAAAUUUUGAUAAUGUCAUCGAUUCUGGGAUUGAAGAGGUGGAUAGUCGAAGCAGUAGUGACCAUCACUUAGAGACAACCAGCACUAUCUCAACUGUGUCCAGCAUCUCUACCUUGUCCUCUGAAGGUGGCGAGAACUUGGAUACUUGUACAGUCUAUGCAGAUGGGCAAACAUUUCUGGUGGACAAACCCCCAGUACCUCCUAAGCCAAAAAUGAAGCCCAUAAUCAACAAAAGCAAUGCACUUUAUAAGGAUGCGCUAAUUGAAGAAACUGUAGAUAGUUUUGUUAUUCCUCCACCUGCUCCACCCCCACCUCCUAUCAGCACACAACCCAACAUGGCUAAAAUUGUACAGCAAAGGACCUCUAAGCUAUGGGGUGAUGUAACAGAAGUUAAAAGCCCAGUUCUCUCAGGCCCAAAGGCUAACGUCAUUAGUGAAUUGAAUUCAAUACUCCAGCAAAUGAACAGAGACAAAUCCUCAAAGCCAGGGGAAGGACUGGAUUCACCUACUGGAACAAAACUUGCAAGUCUUAGUACAAGGAGCAUAGAAGGGGCUUCUAUCAUUGCUGCAACAUUGACCUGA